CAAAAACCAAAAACUCUCGCAAGCCAUGGCUCAGCAGUGGCUCAGCCUAGUCGGCGCCAUAUGGCUCCAAGCCAUCAACGGCACCAAUUCAAACUUCCCGGCUUACUCCUCCGAGCUGAAGCGCCUCCUCUCAAUCUCCCAGCUCAGCCUCAACAACCUCGCCUCCGCCUCCGACGCCGGAAAACUCCUCGCCUGGCUCUCCGGCGUCGCCGCCGCCCAUCUCCCCCUCUCCCUCGUUCUCCUCCUCGGCUCCCUCCUCUGCCUCGCCGGCUAUGGCGUCCAGUACCUCUUCCUCGCCGGCCACCUCUCCUCCCUCUCCUACUACCACAUUUUCGCCCUCACCGCCGUCGCCGGAAAUGGCAUCUGCUGGAUCAACACCGCCUGCUACAUCAUAGCCAUUCAAAAUUUCCCCCUCGACCGCCAGAUCGCCGUCGGACUGUCGACCAGUUACGUCGGCCUCAGCGCCAAGAUAUACACCGACGCCGUCGACGCCGUAGCGCCGCCGUCGCCGUCGGAUAGGGCGGCGGCGUUCCUCCUCCUCAACGCCGUGGUGCCGGUCGCCGUCUGCAUCGCCGCCGCGCCGUUAGCCCGCCGCGACGUCAGCGUCAGGAAGACGAGGAAUCUGAGGGUUGGAUUCUUCACCAUGUUCGUCGUCACCGUCGCCACCGGCCUCGUCGCCGUCGUGACCAGCCUCGGCUCCGCCGCGUCUCGCUCAAUCCCUAACUUCGUAAUCCUUAUCGCCAUUGUUGUUCUGCUCCUCCUGCCUCUGGUCGUCCCGAUCGUCGAAAAGGUGAGAGAGAAUGUUCAGCAGAAAUGCUUAAUUAGAGUCCACGACGAAUGCUCCGCCGCAAGCACCACCGUCCGUACAUCAAUGGCGGAUGAUCGGGAAAUAGGUGAUAAGUACGACGAGAUUGAGGUUGUUCAGGAUAUUAAUGCCCGAAUGAUGGUGAAAAGCGUCGAGUUCUGGCUGUAUUUCUUCGUCUAUUUGUUCGGAGUGACGUUAGGUUUGGUGUACAUGAACAACCUGGGACAAAUCGCCGAGUCCCGGAGCUGCUCCGGGACUUCCUCUCUCGUCUCCUUGUCCUCUGCUUUCAGCUUCUUCGGUCGCCUCCUCCCGUCGCUCAUAGACUAUAUUUUUCCCAGGAACAAAAAAUUGAUAUCAAGAGCGGGAGCCAUGGGAAUGAUAAUGGUCCCGAUGAGCGGAGCACUAUUCUUAUUACUCAACGAACAACAUAUUUUUCUUUAUAUUAGCACGGCGAUUAUAGGAGCAUGUACUGGCGCUAUCACUUCAAUUUCAGUAUCAACAACUACUGAACUCUUUGGUACUGAAAAUUUUGGCGUCAAUCACAACAUUAUCGUUUCCAACAUACCCAUCGGAUCGUUCUUCUUUGGAGAUUUUGCGGCGAUACUCUACCGACGACGAGGGCAAAAUGGUAAUUGCAUGGGUCACCAAUGCUAUGAAACCACAUUCAUGAUAUGGGGCUCAUUGUGUGCCUUUGGAGUUUUUUUGGCCUUAAUUCUUCAUGCGAGGACCAAGAAAUUGUACUCUUGUAAAUAAAUAAUUUGGAUAAUUUAAUUCAUCAUUAUAAUCCGCGAAUUAUAAAAUGGAGAU